GGGGGGGGGGUGGGGGACGAGAGCCCCGGCGCGGUGACCACGUGCCGCCUCCCGCGGGCGGGGGCGAGGACCUGCCGGGUCGGACCCCUCCACCCGCGCGCGGCCCAGAUCAGCCCGCGCACCCAGCACCGGCUCAGGGGCAGCCCCGCCUGCCCUCACCUUCUGGCCCUAACUUUUCUUAAACUUGUCUGGAAGGAGGAACCUGCCGCCCUGUCCGCCCCCUAGCCGCCGCGAUCCGCACUUGAACUCCGCAGCGCCGGCCUUCCACCUUGCGCCGCCCCGGGCGCGGGCGUGGAGUGGCUGCUGGGAAACCCCGAUGAACUCUCCAGAAAGUGCGUGAAGGAGGGUCGGGCAGCCGCGCGCGGCUCGGCGGGGGGCGCGCGGGGUCUCCAUCGGGGAGCUCGCAGCAGCAGAGCCAGGGAAGGACUGUGGACCAUGACCGUGCGACCCCUGCGGAUCUUAAUGCCAACAUGAUGAUUCACUCAGAUCAAAUGUGGAACCGUCGUUGGAAAUGGAAGCCAAGUUCUCUUCUGUUCUUCAUAGCUCUGUGUCUUGUGUAUGUUCCUCUUUCAGUGUGGGGCUGUGCCAACUGCAGAGUCGUCCUAUCCAACCCUUCUGGGACAUUUACUUCUCCGUGCUAUCCUAACGACUAUCCUAACAGCCAGGCUUGCAUGUGGACCCUGCGAGCCCCCACUGGCUAUAUCAUUCAGAUAACGUUUAAUGAUUUCGACAUUGAAGAAGCUCCCAAUUGCAUUUAUGACUCAUUAUCCCUUGAUAAUGGAGAGAGCCAGACUAAAUUUUGCGGAGCAACUGCCAAAGGCCUAUCGUUUAACUCCAGUGCGAAUGAGAUGCAUGUGUCCUUUUCAAGUGACUUUAGCAUCCAGAAGAAAGGCUUCAAUGCCAGCUACAUCAGAGUUGCUGUGUCCUUAAGGAACCAGAAGGUCAUUUUACCGCAGACACUAGACAGUUAUCAGGUAUCUGUUGCCAAAAGUGUCCCUAUUCCAGAGCUCAGCGCUUUCACUCUCUGCUUUGAAGCAACCAAAAUUGGCAAGGAAGACCAUGAAUGGACAGCCUUCUCCUACUCAAAUGCGUCUUCCACACAGCUACUCGGUUUUGGAAAGGCCAAGAGUGGUUACUUUCUUUCUAUUUCUGGCUCAAAAUGCUUCCUAAACAGUGUGUUACCUGUAAAGGAUAAAGAAGACAUUUUCACAGAAAGCUUUGAGCAGCUCUGCAUCACUUGGAAUAAUUCUCUGGGCUUUAUUGGUGUAAAUUUCAAAAGAAACUAUGACGCAGUUCCCUGCGAUUCUACCAUUAAUAAAGUGAUUCCUGGAAAUGGGAAAUUGCUGUUAGGCUCCAGUCACAAUGAGAUCGCCUCUCUAAAAGGGGACAUUUAUAACUUCCGACUUUGGAAUUUUACCAUGAAUUCCAAAAUCCUCUCUAACCUCAGCUGUAAUGUGAAAGGGAAUGUGGUCGACUGGCAAAAUGACUUCUGGAAUAUCCCAACCCUAGCUCUGAAAGCAGAAAGCAACCUAAGCUGUGGUUCCUACCUGAUCCCACUCCCGGCCACAGAACUAGCCAACUGUGCAGAUCUGGGGACCCUCUGCCAAGCUACUGUAGACUCUCCUAGUACUACACCACCCACUGUCACCACUAACAUGCCUGUUACUAAUAGAAUCGAUAAACAAAGGAAUGAUGGAAUUAUCUUUAGAAUUUCCAUAGUGAUUCAAAACAUCCUUCAUCACCCUGAGGUUAAAGUACAGAACAAGGUGGCAGAAUGGCUCAAUUUAACCUUCCAAAAUUGGAACUACACUGUUUACGUGGUCAAUAUCAGUUUUCACCUGGGCACUGGAGAGGACAAGAUUAAAGUCAAGAGAAGCAUUGGAAAUGAUCCAAGGUUGGUGAUUUGGGCCCUUCUAGUUUACAAUGCUACCAACAAUCCCAAUUUAGAAGGAAAAGACAUUCAACAGAAGCUCUUAAAAAAUAAUGAGUCCUUGGAUGAGGGCUUGAGGCUAUAUGCAGUGAGUGUAAAACAACUGGGUUUAUGUUAUGCCGAUGAGGAUCCCAAAGGCUAUCAAUGGCCACUCAUCCCACCCUCUGUAUACAACUUCCCUUGUCCAGGGAAGCAAGGCUUUUAUGCUUCAAGGACAUGUUACCGUGACCUUGCCAACACAUCUUUAGCCUACUGGGGGCCUCCUGACAUCUCUAAUUGUUCAAGGGAAGCAAAUGAAGUAGCCAACCAGAUUUUAAAUUUAACUGGUGAUGGGCAGACCCUAAGCUCAGCCAAUAUUACCAGCAUUGUAGAGCAGGUCAAAAGGAUUGUGAAUAAAGAAGAAAACAUUGAUAUAAUGCUUGGUUCAACUUUAAUGAAUAUAUUUUCUAAUAUCUUAACCAGUCCAGACAGUGACUUGCUUGAGUCUUCUUCUGAAGCUUUAAAAACAAUUGAUGAGUUGGCCUUCAAGAUAGACCUAAAUAGCACAUCACGUGUGAAUAUUACAACUCGGAAUUUGGCACUUGGAGUAUCGUCCCUGUCCCCAGGGACAAAUGAAAUUUCAAAUUUUAGCAUCGGUCUACCAAGCAAUAAUGAAUCCUAUUUCCAGAUGGAUUUUGAGAGUGGACAAACUGAUCCAUUGGCUUCUGUAAUUUUGCCUCCAAACUUACUUGAGAAUUUAAGUCAAGAAGAUUCUGUACUAGUUAAAAGAGCACAGUUUACUUUCUUCAAUAAAACUGGACUUUUCCAGGAUGUAGAAACCAAGAAAGGUACCUUAGUGAGUUAUGUGAUGGCAUGCAGUAUUGGAAACAUUACUAUCCAGGGUUUGAAGGAUCCUGUUCAAAUUAAAAUCAAACAUACAAGAAACCAGGCAGUGCCUCAUCCCAUCUGUGCCUUCUGGGAUCUGAACAAAAAUGAAGGUUCUGGAUUUUGGAACACAUCAGGAUGUGUGGCACACAGAGGUUCAGAUGAGAGCGAGACGGUCUGCUUAUGUAACCACCUCACACACUUUGGAGUUCUGAUGGACCUUCAAGGAACUGCCUCACAGAUAGAUGCAACAAACACCAAAGUUCUCACCUUCAUCACCUAUAUUGGGUGUGGGAUAUCUGCCAUUUUUUCAGCAGCAACUCUGCUGACAUAUGUUGCUUUUGAGAAAUUGCGAAGGGACUAUCCCUCCAAGAUCUUGAUGAACCUGAGCACAGCCCUGCUGCUCCUGAAUCUCCUCUUCCUCUUGGAUGGCUGGAUCACCUCGUUUCACGUGGAAGGCCUUUGCAUGGCUGUCGCUGUCCUGCUCCAUUUCUUCCUUCUUGCAACCUUUACCUGGAUGGGGCUAGAAGCAAUUCACAUGUACAUUGCCCUGGUUAAAGUAUUUAACACUUACAUUCGCCGAUACAUACUGAAGUUCUGCAUCAUUGGCUGGGGUCUGCCUGCCUUAAUCGUGUCCAUUGUUCUCGCAAGCAAAAACCAAAAUGAGGUCUAUGGAAAAGAAAGUUAUGGAAGAGAACAAGGCGAUGAAUUCUGUUGGAUUCAGGAUCCAGUCAUAUUUUAUGUGACCUGUGCUGGGUAUUUUGGAGUCAUGUUUUUCCUGAAUGUUGCCAUGUUCAUCGUGGUCAUGGUGCAAAUCUGCGGGAGAAACGGCAAAAGAAGCAACCGGACCCUGCGCGAAGAGGUUUUAAGGAACUUGCGCAGUGUGGUCAGCCUGACGUUUCUGCUGGGCAUGACGUGGGGUUUUGCUUUCUUUGCCUGGGGACCCUUAAAUGUCCCUUUUAUGUACCUCUUCUCCAUCUUCAAUUCAUUACAAGGCUUAUUUAUAUUUAUUUUCCACUGUGCUAUGAAGGAGAAUGUCCAGAAACAGUGGAGGCGUCAUCUCUGCUGUGGUAGAUUUCGGUUAGCAGACAACUCAGACUGGAGCAAGACAGCUACCAAUAUCAUCAAGAAAAGUUCUGAUAAUCUAGGAAAAUCUUUGUCCUCAAGCUCCAUUGGGUCCAACUCAACAUACCUUACAUCCAAAUCUAAAUCCACCUCUACCACCUACUUCAAAAGGAAUAGCCACACCGACAAUGCUUCCAUGAACAAGUCCUUGUCCAAAUUGACCCAUGCCGAUGGAGAACAAACAUCAAUCAUCCCCGUCCACCAGGUCAUUGAUAAAGUCAAGGGUUAUUGCAAUGCUCAUUCAGAUAACUUCUAUAAAAAUAUUAUCAUGUCAGACACCUUCAGCCACAGCACAAAGUUUUAAUGUGUUUAGUAGAAUAAAGAAGAAUCUGUCUACAGAAAUGUGAAAAUCUGCAAGCUGUGGAAGCUAUGACUGGCACUUGUGAACGUGCUAUGACCUAGGUAACUGCAUGUUCAUAUAGGAGGAAUGUAUUUUGUUAAGAAGGCUUUUGUAAAAUUUUAAAAUCUGUCUUUCAGUGUAUUUCUUCCAUGGGGGCAUUUCCACCAUCACUAAAACUUUAGUACUGAGAGUAACAUGACCCAGUAGGUACAGGGGAUAUGAAUUUUUUAAAUAUAUAAUUGGAUCAGACUCAUCAGAACUCGGGGAGCCAGGGGACAUUAAAGUUAGCAGACAAGGGAGGGGCAGAGCUAGGAAAGUGUAGUUUAUGGCUCAUAAACACCCCACUUUUAGGUUUUGGAUAUGGCCAUUGGCUACAUCAUCUUUCUCAACAGUGAGAAACGUACAACUAGUCAUAAUUAAGUUCUGGUGCUAGUUUCUAUGAAUGCAGUAGCAUUUCUACAUUUUCAAUAACAUUUCAACCACAGAUACAAAAGAAUAUUUCAUGUCUGAUCCAAAGAUUGGGAAGAAAUUCUUUCUUAUUCUACCCAAUGCUUAACCUUCAGGACAUUAAUAUGCUUAAGAAAGAAAGAAUUUCCAAAAUUUUGACCCAGUUAAUAUGAGACCCUGUAAAUUUCUACUAUUUCACUUAUCCUACGCAAGACACAAGGCUUAAGCGUCAUCAUUAAUUAGAAUUUAAUCCCAUACAUUUGAAUCAAGUAUAAUGUUGAUUUUCCAUUAAUGUAGACUUCCCACUACUUGUUGAAGAAUGAAUCCCUUAGACCUCUGGUUUUUCUCCCCUACUGUCGUUUGAACCCACAGACUUAUGGGAGGAACAAGAAUUUCCAUUAAGCAUAUUGUGUAUAAUAGUCUCUCCCUUUUAGGAAAUAUAAUCAUUGAGACUCUAUGGUCCUGUUCUUGCCCUAGAGACUAAGACAUUUCCACUUGCACAAUUAGAAAGCCUCUUCCUUUUCAAGUGCUUUGUUCCAGAGAAUAUAAACUGAGGCAUAGGGGUAACUUGUCAUAAUCAAAAUAAUUUAUAAGCACGUGGGUCUGCAAUUGCUAGUCUAAAAACCAUUUGUACAUAAGUCCUCUGAUUCUAAGAGCCAGAGCAGAUCUGGCAAGAUAGAUGGUGUGUUUUUUAUGGAUUAGGUUUCUGUAUGCAAGGCAUGUAUAUUAAGCAGUUUUCUUAAUUUUCAAACUACCCUAAGUAAUAUGCUUGCUAGUGAAUGUGUUGGAGACGAUAAUUUAAAUUGUCUUUAAGUGAUAGAGUUGUAUCUAGGUCCUUAGAAAUUGGUCUCAGUACAUAUUGUACCUUUAUAUUUGCUCUGAGUUAUCUGUGAAGUAUCAGGUUCUGGGAGACAUCAGCCUAAGUGACCAGGAGAGAAGACAUUCUGGCACCACCAAUCUACUUAAAGGCAGAAGCCAGGACUGAGCACUUGAGAGCCUUUCUCUCUGCUCAAAAAACAGGUGGCUCUCAGUCUGAGACCUAGGAGAGUUGUCAGGCUGUACAGCAUCUGAGGGGCCUCUCACCUUUUGCUGAUCUUUAGUCAUAAAGCUAUUUGCCAGACUUGACUGGAUGGUAAGAUAAUAUGGUGUGGGGUUUUAUUACCAUUUCAUUUUGCAGCAGCAUGGAACAUUGCCCUAGGAGACAUGAGCAUUCCCUGGCUUGGCUUUCACAAGGGAGGAGUGUAUAUAGUAGGAAAGGAUAAUAAAUCGUAAGGUCACUAAGAUUCACUAGAGUAGAGCCAAAUCCUUUUCUAUAGGCAUAUUAUUAACAGGCUGCUUAUUCUGGCAGAGGUUACAUGUAGAUGAAAAUCAAUCAUAAAUAGUCACUGAAUCUUCAUACACUUUUCCCCAAGCCUUAGAGAUUCGUGAUAGAAUUUCAUUAGCUUUCUACUAUGAUAUUUCUAUCCCAAAGCUCCUAUUUAAUUAAUAGUAACUGAGAGAUAGCUUCCAAAGUGGCUUUGAUUUCUACUCAUAUUCAUUCAGAUCUGGGAAAAUGUUUUUUUUUUUUUUUUCAUAUUUGACAACGAUGUCAACUCUGAGUUAGAAAUUUCCAGUAAUCAGGUAAGGAGAGAUGAAGAAACAGCUGAGUAAAAACAUUUGCAGGUGGAUUUAAGACUGAGCCAAAUUCUACGCUCCGUUCCGUGCAUGGGCUUUGCACCUUCGUUGGGUUGCCUCAGAACAGAAUUGCAGGAAUUUAGCUGUGGAGCCAAAAUUUAGGUUAGCCUAACCUUGAGAAUAAUAUCAAUUCAGCUCCCCUGUUUUUGUUUUUAAUUCUUUUUCCUCUUUUUUUUUUUAACUGCAUUGUGUUCAUCUAGGGUCCUCAGAUAUCAUUGUCUAUUCUUAUCAUUGUUCCCUGCAUCGUAAAGCUUUUCUUUGUCCAUCAUUGGCAUAGACUCUUUUGUACAUAUUUAUUUAUUUGUGUUUAUAAAUGCCAGCUCAUUUCGUAUCUUAGCUUUAUAUUGCCUGGAUUUGUUAUUUUUAUAAUUAACUUUCUUUGGGAGAGACUGUAUGUAUACAUAUGUUUUUCUGAAUACUUUGUGAAAUCGUUUUCUGGAGCAAUAUCUUUGAAUAUGAUGAAUAAACAUGACUGUGAGUGCAAAUUAGAAUUAGUAGUAAGAAGCUACUAUAGCUGAUUUGCCAUUUUAAUUAAAUGGAAAGUGUUUUUCAAAUAAAUACUUAUGUUGUUCAUGUUCCAAA